UAAAAAGUGCCACGUGACCAGCUCUCGCUCCCUUCUCGUGCAGUAGUAGCUGCAAUUUCCCUCUCUACAUUCUCUCUAUAUAAUUCCCUCUCUUCUCCUCUACAAAAUUCCACCAUUCUUUCCCUCUCCCUCUCUCUCUAAUCGGCGAAUUCCCCGAGGCUAGAAGAGAGUGACUCCAUUUCUCGCCUCAGAUUGCUUCAGCUGCAUUACAUUUUCUCGAUUCAAUUUGAUUCGAUUUGAUUUGGUUUACGUUGUUCUGUUCCAUUAAGAUCUGGUCUCACCAUGGCUACUGGACAACUAUUCUCUCGUACUACUCAAGCUUUAUUUUAUAAUUAUAAGCAGCUUCCUAUUCAACGCAUGCUUGAUUUUGACUUCCUUUGCGGUAGAGAAACACCAUCAGUGGCUGGAAUUAUUAACCCUGGAUCAGAGGGAUUCCAGAAACUCUUUUUCGGUCAAGAGGAAAUUGCAAUCCCUGUACAUUCAGCUAUUGAGGCAGCUUGUGCUGCACACCCAACCGCUGAUGUAUUCAUUAACUUUGCAUCAUUUAGAAGUGCGGCUGCAUCAUCCAUGGCUGCCCUGAAACAGCCAACUAUUCGAGUUGUCGCUAUAAUAGCUGAAGGAGUUCCUGAGUCAGACACCAAACAGUUAAUUGCAUAUGCACGGGCAAACAAUAAGGUUGUCAUUGGCCCGGCUACUGUUGGAGGCAUUCAGGCUGGAGCUUUCAAGAUAGGUGACACUGCUGGAACAAUUGAUAACAUAAUUGCUUGUAAGCUGUACAGGCCUGGAUCUGUUGGAUUUGUCUCCAAAUCUGGGGGCAUGUCAAACGAGCUAUACAAUACAAUUGCCCGUGUAACAGAUGGCAUUUAUGAAGGUAUUGCAAUCGGAGGAGAUGUGUUUCCAGGCUCCACCCUUUCUGAUCAUGUUUUGCGUUUUAACAACAUACCACAGGUUAAGAUGAUUGUUGUACUUGGGGAACUUGGUGGACGAGAUGAGUAUUCCCUUGUUGAAGCCCUCAAACAGGGAAAGGUGAAUAAACCAGUGGUUGCUUGGGUCAGUGGAACUUGUGCUCGACUUUUCAAAUCAGAAGUACAAUUUGGUCAUGCUGGUGCUAAAAGUGGAGGCGAGAUGGAGUCUGCUCAAGCAAAAAAUCAAGCACUAAAGGAUGCUGGAGCUGUUGUUCCCACUUCAUAUGAAGCUUUUGAGACUGCAAUUAAGGAAACAUUUCAGAAGCUGGUUGAAGAGGGUAAGAUUACACCUGUGAAGGAGGUUAAGCCUCCACAAAUCCCUGAGGAUCUUAAUACUGCAAUUAAGAGCGGCAAAGUUCGUGCUCCAACUCAUAUUAUAUCCACUAUCUCUGAUGACAGAGGUGAGGAGCCAUGCUAUGCUGGUGUGCCCAUGUCUUCCAUUGUUGAACAGGGUUAUGGUGUUGGUGAUGUCAUCUCACUUUUAUGGUUCAAACGUAGCCUUCCACGUUACUGUACCCAUUUUAUUGAGAUAUGCAUCAUGCUGUGUGCUGACCAUGGUCCCUGCGUCUCUGGCGCUCACAACACUAUAGUAACAGCAAGGGCUGGAAAGGACCUAGUUUCUAGUCUUGUCUCAGGUUUGCUCACGAUUGGCCCCCGAUUUGGUGGUGCCAUUGAUGAUGCGGCUCGAUACUUUAAGGAUGCUUAUGACAGAGGCCUAGCACCAUACGAGUUUGUUGAAAGCAUGAAAAAGAAGGGUAUUCGUGUUCCUGGAAUUGGGCACAGGAUUAAGAGAGGUGACAACAGAGAUAAAAGAGUAGAGCUGUUGCAACGGUUUGCCCGGACACAUUUCCCUUCCGUGAAGUACAUGGAGUAUGCCGUUGAAGUUGAAACCUACACUUUAUCAAAGGCCAAUAACUUGGUCCUAAAUGUUGAUGGUGCAAUUGGGUCCCUGUUCUUGGAUCUUCUUGCGGGCAGCGGAAUGUUUACAAAACAGGAAAUUGAUGAGAUCGUUGAGAUUGGUUAUUUGAAUGGGCUCUUUGUGCUGGCACGUUCCAUUGGUCUCAUUGGGCACACUUUUGACCAGAAGAGAUUGAAACAGCCACUAUACCGUCACCCAUGGGAAGAUGUUCUCUAUACCAAGUGAGAGAAUUGCAGAUAGCAGGUGCAAUAUUUUUACUGGCUUUCAACUUCCUACAAGAUUUUCAUUUUCGAAAUUUCUCUGAGUUGUUUGCAGUUGAUGCGGUGUCUGUCUGUUCAGUUAGUAGAUUAAUGUUGUACUGCUGAUUGGCCGUGGCCUUCAUUUGUAACUUGUAUUGGAAGAUUUCCAAUCAUUUAUUCGGAGAAAUGUUGCCAUAAAUUCUUAUUAGUUACAGGUUUUAAAGAGAAAUAACUGAGUUAUAAGAUGUA